AUGGAUGUUCACGGCCCCGGAUCCGAUGUGGACGGCAAAGUGCAAGAUCCCAUCCACCCACAGGAUGUCGCAGGCUGCGUUACGCCAGCCGAGCAGUCAGAUCCUCGCUCCGGUACUCCGCAGAAUAACAUAUCUUUGAAGCGUGAAGAGGUCGAUGCCUUGGCGCCUAGUACCGCAGAAGAAGUUGCCGCCGCACCGAUUGUUAUCCACCGCGAUGUCCUUGAACGCGCCAAAUUCGAUGAUACACAUAUCAAAAAGCUUGCGGAGAAUCAUCGACUUCGUCAGAGACGAAAGAUCAAGAAGUUCUAUGCCAACCAAAACGAACUGAUAGACCAAUUUCUCGGAGUCGAAGAUGAAGAACGUCUCGCCUCAGAUGAAGAGAUACACAUGCGACCGAGGAUCAAGUUCGCCGUUUAUGCCUCCUUUGCUGUCAACGUCUGUCUCUUCAUCAUUCAACUGUAUGCUGCUAUAUCCACGGGAUCCUUGGCUCUUUUCGCAACGGCUGCCGAUGCCUUUAUGGAUCUGGUGUCGUCCACUGUGAUGUUGAUCACAUCGAAACUUGCACAGCGACCGAGCGUCUAUAAAUUUCCAGUUGGCCGGACAAGGAUUGAGCCCAUUGGUAUCAUUGUCUUUUGCGCUCUGAUGGCUACAGUUGCCGUGCAACUGCUGAUUGAAUCGGCUCGAUCACUUGCCGGGGGAGAACGAGAAUCGACUCCUCUGCAAAUUGUACCUCUAACCCUCGUUGGGGUGGCCAUAUUUUCCAAGAGCUCUUUGAUGAUAUAUUGCUACUUCUACAGGCGAUUUCCGUCUGUGAAAGUCUUCUUCGUGGACCAUCGCAACGACAUCGUCGUGAACAUCUUCGGCCUCGUCAUGUCCAUCGUGGGCGACCACUUCAUCUGGUACCUGGACCCCGUGGGAGCAAUCUGCAUCGCCCUUAUCAUCCUCUUCUCAUGGGCGGCAAAUGCUUUUGAGCAGGUGUGGCUGCUUGCUGGCAAAGGCGCGCCGAGAACUUACGUUUCUCGGCUCAUCUAUGUGGCACUGACACACAGCCCGCACAUCCUGAAGGUAGACACGUGCCGUGCAUACCAUGCCGGGCAGAGAUACUUUGUAGAAAUCGACAUCGUCAUGGACGCGGACACACCGCUGAAGAUCUCCCAUGACGUCGGCCAGUCGCUGCAGCGCAAGCUCGAAGGAUUGGCCGAUGUCGAAAGAGCGUUUGUGCACGUCGACUAUGACUCUGAACACAACGUUCACGAAGAGCAUAAACCACUCUACGAGGCGUUCAAGUCGAGAGACUUGAAAAGCAGACUUGUCUCUUUGGCCAAAAAAUUUGGGCACUGACCAUCGGCUUGUACUGGCCUUACU